AUGUCACGGAGUGAUUUACGCGGUCCGCCGCCAGGUGGCGACACCGCGUACCUCACGACACCGUCGCGACAUUCCAGCGAGCGCGGCGUGGGUGCGCAACGAUCUGUUUCCGAGGGAGAAGCGCUGCAGCUGAGAAUGUUGUUUAGUGCUUACAACAUACUUAAAGUUCGUAGUGCAUGUGAUGCGAGCUCGCUGACUGAACCUCUGAGAUCGACAAUGUUCGGUAGCGCCGGCGGUGUGGGUGGCGUGAGCGGCGGUGGGGGCGCGUACGCAGGCGGUGGCGGAGACUGCGCUGAUGGCUACGGACUCGGCUACGUCGCUGGCGGACCGCGCCUGCAGCAAUACGCUGCGCACUUCGCCCCUCACCAGAACGUCUGGCAUCAUCAUCAUCCUACGCACCACGAUUCUUACAGUAAGUACAUUCAUAUUCUUUAA